UAGGAUCUAUUUACUUUUGUUAUUUACUAUAUUUUUUUAUUAUUUUUUUUGGCUAUAAAAGUGCCGCCAUGAAAGUUACUUUGCUCAGUUCAAAUUUUUUGGCCGUGAAACGUUCAAUAUGAGAUUUAUUGGAAGUGUUUGCCUCUUGGCAAUGGCCAUUUGCCUGCUGCUGUCCGCCGUGCACGCGCUGCCGGUGCAGAAGCAAUGCAACGACAACACCAAUGGAACUCAGACACAAACCUCGACGGAUGGCCAACAGACACAGACACAAACUGGACCCGGCUGCCAAACACAGGAAUCAGGCGAUGGACAGCAGAGUCAGAGUCAGAGCCAAAAUGGCAAUGGCACCCAAACGCAGACACAGUGCAGCGGCCCAAAUUGCACCACGUUGCCGCCGCUGUUCACGAUGAAGCCGCUCGAAUGGAACACCAUGCCGCCGCUGCAAUGGAACACUUUUCCACCCAUGCAAUGGAAUUAGUAGUAAGCGUUUCGCUCGAAUGCUGAGUCAACUGACAUGCCUUGACC